UAAAACCCGUCGUAAAAGCUCCGGCUCAAAGAUACCCUUUAGCUGAGACCCGAUUUACUACACGCUACCUUAAACCGUAACUAACCGUACCAAUCUGUGGUGACACCACCGGAAUCAUGCCAGGUGCAGAAGGAGGUCCACCGGAAGUCACUCUUGAAACUUCCAUGGGUUCUUUAACCGUCGAGAUGUACGAUAAGCACGCCCCGAAGACCUGCAAAAACUUCAUUGAACUUUCUAGAAGAGGUUAUUACAACAAUGUUAAGUUUCACAGAAUCAUCAAGGACUUCAUAAUUCAAGGAGGUGAUCCUACUGGUACAGGAAGAGGUGGAGAAUCAAUUUACGGGUCAAAGUUUGAGGAUGAGAUUACUCCAAAGUUGAAGCAUACUGGAGCUGGUAUCUUAUCUAUGGCCAAUGCUGGUCCUAAUACCAACGGGAGUCAGUUCUUUAUCACUUUGGCACCAGCUCAAACACUUGAUGGAAAGCACACAAUAUUUGGAAGGGUAUGCAGAGGAAUGGAGAUCGUCAAGAGACUCGGCAGUGUUCAAACUGAUAAUUCGGAUAGGCCAAUCCAUGACGUGAAAAUACUUCGAACAUCAGUGAAGGAUUGAUCCUAGUCAGUAUUGUAGAUGCAAAGCUUUUGGUGUUGGUGACUGUUAUACUCUCAACAAGGUAUUCAGUACCAUCCAUGCUUCCAUUAAUGUAACCUAAUCAUACAAGGUUGAAGAUGAGUGCAGAUUAACUCGAUGAAUGGUUAAAAAUGUUGGUAUCUUGUAAUGUGAUAUUGCAACAAACUAUUGUUUCGUUUCCCUUGUUCCAGCUUUUGUUGAGUUAUUGGAUUCUUUGCUUUUGCACAAA